UUUUCUGUCCUAUAUCUCUGCACCUCAUAAUACUUCCCUAAGUUCUGUUCUUCUUGCUCACCCACACGUCUUCCUCUGUCUCACUUUCUCUUUUCGCCAAAAAUAAAUUUAUCAAUACCCAUAUUUCAGAUUUAUUCAUUGAUGUUUUAAUGCACAGCUACACUGGAUAUCAACUGAAAGCCUGAACAAUUUAUAGAGAUUUUUGACUAAUUAUUUGGACUAGUAAUUGAUGGCAUCGCCAGACAUGCGUACCCCUUGGCUAUCAUCAGCUGUUGAAUCUUUUGGUGGAUCCUUCAAGAUACGCAUAGAAGAAGAAGAGACAGUAGAGAGCGUAGAAUUCUUUGAAGAUCCAAGUUCUCCAGCUUGUAAUCUACCUAAUAUUCCAAAUCCCCCUCCGGCACCUGGUAAAACCAGUUCAAAAGCCACUAAUCGUCGACAGCUUUCAAAUUCUGAUUGUGACCCGAAAGAAAUAAAAGAUACAUGGGACAAGCUCUUCAAAGAAGGAUAUGGAGCAGAUGUACAUAUAAUUACCGAGCACGGAUCAUUUAUUCCGGCUCAUUAUGCCCUUCUGAGUGUUGCAUCUCCAGUGUUGGGGAAUUUUCUGCAGCAAUCCAAAGUAAGGUAUGGUAUUAGAUGCAUAAAAACCCUUGGGGUACCUCGUGAUGCGGUCUCUGCAUUCAUCCGUUUCCUCUACUCAGCCUGUUACGAAGGAGGAGAUAUGAAGAAGUUUGUUUUGCAUCUGUUGGUCUUAUCACAUGCCUACUCAGUACCUUCACUUAAAAGAGUUUGCAUAAACCAUUUGGAACAGGGUUGGUUGAACUUAGAAAACGUGAUAGAUGUGCUUCAGUUAGCGAGAAACUGUGAUGCACCACGGCUUACCCUCUUUUGCAUUCGUAUGAUUGUGAGGAACUUCAAGAACAUAUCAUCCACUGAGGGUUGGAAAGUAAUGAGACAAGCUAAUCCCGUACUUGAACAGGAGCUUUUAGAAUUCGUUGUUGAAGCAGAUUCGAGAAAACAAGAUAGACUGAAGAAAAUCGAAGAGAAAAAGGUGUAUUUACAACUGCAUGAAGCUAUGGAAGCUCUGGUUCACAUUUGCAGAGACGGGUGUCGAACAAUUGGACCUCGUGACAAGGUGCUUAAAGCAAGCCAGGCGGCAUGUAGUUUUCCAGCAUGCAAGGGGCUGGAGACUCUGGUCCGUCAUUUCUCAAGUUGCAAAAUUAGAGUUCCUGGUGGAUGUGUCCAUUGUAAGCGAAUGUGGCAGCUUCUUGAGCUUCAUUCACGCAUUUGUGAUGAACCUGACUGUUGCAAAGUUCCUCUUUGUAGGCACUUCAAGGUGAAAAUGCUGCAACAGACGAAGAAAGAUGCGGCAAAAUGGAAGGUGUUAGUAAGCAAAGUGAACGCAGCAAAGAAUGCAGUGAGCCUAUUCUCAUCUCGGCGGGCAGUUUUUUAAUGACCUUUAGAAUAGUAAAUAUGAUCAUGCUUAUAACAACAUAUGGCCAAUAUUUUAGCUGGCCAUACAAGCUGUGUAAAUUACAGCUACUCACAUAAGAAAUGUCAUGUAAAGGUUGCGAUUUCUGAUUAAUUUAUGGCCGAAAUUUUAUGGUCAGGUGUCCUCUUCUUGGGUAAGCCAAUUGGCACACACAGUUCAAAUCCAUAGCACCUCCUAUUUUUCCUUC